AUAUAAGGACAGCUCUUAGGUCCACAACACUAGUUGUUCACAUCUCACUUUAGGAAGUACGUCUCACUAAGUCUCCAACAUGAAGUUUGUGUUGAUGCUGGCGCUGCUGGUGGGCGUAGCGAGCUGCCAUCACUUACAACGCAGAGGAGACCAGGAAGACGACCAAGAACAUUUCCAUCACGAAGCAGAGGAAUCUUCUUUCUACAAACAAGGUUCCAAGCUCUCUCCUGGAUCCAUUUCCGCCAAGGUGCUGCCCACAACAUAUGAGGUACUGGAUCUUGAUGAAGAUAUUCUCGACCUUCCAUCCGCCUUCCACAAGAAGGGCUCCAAACUCUCUCCAGAAUCCGCAGUCUCUCAUAUCCUUCCCUCUGCUUAUGAAAAGGUCGACAUUUAGCAACCCAGUUUACCGUAAUCAAUCAUAAUUAUAAAUUGUAUACAAUACCGACAAAUUAAUAGGUAAGACACAUGUGCAACACUUAUGUAUAGUUAUGGUUUAAGAUAUCUGCAGAUAUCUUUACUGUUGACAAUAAAAUUACCUAAGAGCUGCGUGGGCGUCUAACCUCAAUCAAAAUUACAAAUAUUUGAAGAAAAAACAUUUUGUUUAUAUGUCGAUAUGAAUAUUUUCUACUCGGGUCUCAUUUUUCAAAUAAUAAAUAUUUUGAUAUGA